AUGAGACAAGUCACAUUUUCAUCUUCAGACGACGCUUCUAAUUACUUAGCAGAAUAUAUCAUCAAGAAAAUUAAUGAUUUCCAACCAACUCCAACUAAACCUUUCAUCUUAGGUUUACCAACUGGUUCAUCUCCAGAAGGUAUCUAUGCUAGAUUAAUCACCGCUAAUAAACAAGGUAGAAUCACUUUUAAAAAUGUAAUCACUUUUAAUAUGGAUGAAUAUCUUGGUUUACCUCCAACUGAUUUACAAUCUUAUCAUUAUUUCAUGUUUAAUAAAUUCUUUAAUCAUAUUGAUAUCCCUCGUCAAAAUAUAAAUAUCUUAAAUGGUUUAACCACCAAUGUCGAUCAAGAAUGUGCUAAUUAUGAAGCUAAAAUUAAAAAAUACGGUAGAAUUAAUUUAUUCUUAGGUGGUUUAGGUCCAGAAGGUCAUUUAGCUUUUAAUGAAAAAGGGUCAACUCGUCAAUCUAAAACUAGAAAAGUAUCAUUAGUUGAUUCAACCAUUAAAGCUAAUUCAAGAUUCUUUGAUAAUGAUUGUGAAAAAGUUCCAAAAUUCGCUUUAAGUGUUGGUAUCUCUACAAUUAUUGAUAAUUCAGAUGAAAUUUGUUUAAUUGUUUUAGGUGAAAAUAAAAAUUUCGCUUUAAAUAAGACUAUUAAUGGUAAAUCUUCAGAUGAAAAUUAUCCUUCUUCUUAUUUACAAGAUCAUCAUAAUGUUUUAAUCGUUUGUGAUAAUGCUGCUGCUGGUUUAAAAAGUAAAUUAUAA